AUGUCGAUGAACAGUAGAGCUAGUCUGAUUAUCACCCAUGAGGAUGGAACAGUGGAAGAAAAUCCAGCAAAUGUUAAAACUAUUCGACUCUCUCAAGAGAGUAUUUUGAACAACAAACUGACUAUUGAAGAAUAUAUCAGUCCAGUAGUGAGUUCGGACGAGGAGAGGGAUGAGACGGGAGAUCAGAUUUCACAGGAGAACAGAGAAAGAAUAAAACGUGGAAGAGAGAAUACAGAAUAUAUAGAUGAAGAUGGAAGUGAGGAGGAAAGAAGAAAACUAAUUAAGAUUAUCAGAGCUCAGUCGGAGAAACUAUAUGAACCUAGGCCUAAUAAUACAAGAUUAGAGAGAGAAGGAAGGUUCCGGAAUGAAUUUAGCACAUGUGUUGAUGAAAGUAUUCCCGCCAAAUCUACAACAAUAGAAUUCAACUUCCCAACCUCUCCGAACUACGAGAAUUCUACCAAGUUUAUAAUACCAGGGAGGAGAGAGAACUCCAGUCCUGCCAGGAUAUCUGUAGAAACUUUAACUGAACCGGGAGUACAUGGAUCCAGACCUGGAAUAUCUGUAGAAACUCAAACUUCCGGUUUAGAGGAAAAUCCACGAACAUCUGAUACUUGCAUAAAAACAGCUGAUUCUAAACAUAUUAGUGAAGCCAGUAUACUAGUUGCUGAUUUAGGAAAACAGUUAAUAUUGACCGAGAGUAAAAUAAGUGAACCUUUUAUAGUCUACACCCCCACAUACACUUUCAGAACUUCUCCGCCCAAGGAUCUAACUGCCACACCCCUUCCUGGCCAGGUUGGAGAGAAACCAAAGAAGAAUGACAAAGAAGAUUUUGAAGAUCUGAAGAAUAAAGAAACUAUUUCUACUGAAGGAUAUACCGCUGAUAAACUUACUUCUCAUCACUUUAAUACUCAAGCAGAAGUUGAUGCAGUAGAGGUGUCUAGUGAACCCGGUGUAGUAAAGAAAUCUGUUAUUAGUGGAAGCCCUGUUCGAGUACAAACUCUUGAAAUCCGCGAACUCAUUCCUAGUCCAGACAUCACAGACUACGUGUAUACCAAUGUAAACCAAAACUUGCGUGAAACUAUAAUAGUGGAAGAAAAUAUACCGACAGUGGAGAAAAGUUCACCGCUAGCCGAAGAAAGGAGGAUCAGCAAUAUAUCAGAGAAGAAAGAACCUCGCCUUGGUUCACACCCUCUCCAGGAUACUGUAGAUGAAUCUCAAGAUGAAAUUAUAUCUGUUACAUCGGUGACAAGUAACGAAGACGACUAUAGAUCAGCUUCUCUAGGAGAUACAACUUGGAGCCCAGAACCCACAGAUACACAUUGGAGCCCGCCCAGGGCUAAUUCUACAGUAGGAGAUUGGAGCCCGCAACCUUCGGAUUGGAGCCCCAACAAAAUGGGAGACGUUUUAGAAACAUCGUUCGAAUUUGUGAACAUUGAGGAGGAUGUGACGGAUGAUAAACAAGAUAAAGAAAGAUUUAAACCAAGUGAAGGACUUGUAUUGAAAAUACCAAUUCACAUUGAAACCGUCCAAUCUACUUCAAGAACUCCAACUCCAACACAGCUGCUGAAUAGUACUCCAACUAUUUCUAGUUCUACAACUCCCAUCCAACUAUUAAAAAGGACUCCAACUACUCCUAUACCAGAAUAUCCUAUGUUCACUAAGGUAUCCUCUAGUCCUCCCUCUAGUAAUAGAAUCCAACCUGAUAACAACCCGUCUGUUUAUAGAAACAGUAACAGUCAUAAUAUCACAGCAAUGAACAACAAUAUCAGAAUCACAAAUAAUAACAAAAACAUCACUGAUGAUAACAUCACAAUUCAAACUGAAAAGAGCAAACACACAGAGCCUGAAAAGAUGGCUGUAAGGAUUGUUCCUAUAGUUCUACACACUGGGAAAACAAUAGAAACUACUGGGGGAAGGGACUCCUCACAAACAAAGGCAGAAGAGAUUCUUACUGCAGAGUCUUCUGUAAAUAAAGAAGAUGAUAAUACUAUUCGAGUUCAAAUGACAAGAAGCAUUGAGGGGGAAGAAGGAAUAUAUUUUAAAACAUCUCAGAUAAAAGAAUCAAACAACAACAACAACAAUCCUCCUCAAAAGGACAACAACAACAUGCAACAUCAAGAUGCUCCUGAGAAUAGAAUAAGUAGCACCUUUGCCUCCAAGAAGCACAAGGUGGAUGAGGGUGUGAAUAGAACCAGUGAGGGUGUUACUAGUCCAGAACCAAUAAAGGAGGAACAUGGACUAACUCGAAAUAUUCCGAUUCUUUUAGAAUCUGGGCAGCUUGUAUCUCCAUCUUUCAAACAACUAGAGGAUCUUAAGCCCCCUCCUUGGUCGGUCUUUCAUCACAAGGGAUCUGAGGUAGAGAGACGUGUUCCAAUCCAGGUAGAAGCUGAUGUUCAUACUCAACCUGGACCCGGAGAUAGGGAUGGAUCAAAGAACCGUCCAUUCAUCCCAUCUAACUCUCAGAAAACUUCUCAACCCAAAGCAGGCAUCCAGCCAAAUCCUGGAUCCAAAGUGGAACCUGAAUCUAGACCCAAUCCUGGGCCUAAAGUUGAUCCUGAACCUGGAUUCAAUCCUGCAUCUAAAACUGAAAGUAAACCAAAGCCAAGUUCAGAUUUCUUUUUUUCGAAGAGAAACCCGACUGCAGCCGUGUAUUCUGAGAAGACAGAAGAAGUAGUUACUGAGAAUAGAACCCGAGAAUGUCGAGAGGAGCGAAGGGAAAGAUCUUGCAGUAGAGAACCAACCUGGAAACAUCAAGCAGGAGAAGAGUCCAGAAAAGAUUUAAACCUUGAGAAGGAUGAAUAUACUCAACACCUGGACCAAAUAUUUGAUAAGUAUGAGGAGCAAAGACGAAGCCAGGAUAGAGAAUCAAACUUUGAUGAAAUCUUGACAAAAUCCCCUUUCGCAGAUUCUUUAGACUCGGAGGAUUACCCUAAUGUGACCCAUUCUUCCAAAACAGAGUUUAUAACUUCAAGAUCAGAAUAUUCUACAGAAUCUAUAGAACAGUUUAGUACAGUUGGUCCACGUGAGAAGGUUUUGAUUAUUCCGGUUAUGGGAUCUAAGCUUCAAACAUCACCAUCAAGACCUCCUCCAGCCCCCUCAGCACAUACAGCUCCAUCCAGACCUCCUUCAGCAUCCUCAGCUGCGCCUGUAGCUUCUUCAGUUCCAUCUGUCAGGAAUAUUCCUAUUCGGAAAUAUUCAGACUCUCCAGUUAAUGAUACAACCCUGCCGUCUGCAUGGACUCCUAAACCAAGGCAAUCUCCAUUAUCCAGUGGAACCAGAUCCCGAAGCCACGACGGUCGAGUAAGAGUUGAUGAUGCGAAACCAAGAUGGCCGACAAACCACGAGGAAACCGCGAAAAAAGAAGCUUUGGAUGCAUUGAAGAAGGUUCAUUUGGAACUGGAAGCGGCCCGUAGCCGGCUCUCGUCCCAAGUUAAUGAGAUGAACUCCAGUAUUCCAGUCACAAAUGUUCCACUGAUUUCAAGACCUUACUCCAGCAUAGAUGAAAGAAAUGAAAGAAGUAGAAGUGUAGANGGGGGUCGCGUUUACAACAUUAGGUUGCUAAGGAAAGAGGUUCGGAGCAGUAGAGCAGUAAAGUUGGGUAGAGAGAGAUCUCUUCAAGAUAUAGAUAAAGAUAUUGAAACUAUCUGGAGAGAACUUCAGGAACUAGAUAGACUACCCUUAGAUGAAAAUACUAGUACUAAAGAAACCUCUUUAAAGUCAGGGGAUAGACCUCCAUCUGCCCCUCCUACCCUAUCUCAACAGAAUCUAGUCACGCCCCCCUGGAGAUCAAGAAAUAGGACUGCUUCUGGAAAUAAUACUUCAGACUCUACCCUGUAUAAAACUAAAUCAACAAUAAGGGACGGUUCGGGGAGAUCAGCUCCAGGUUUAGCAAACACACAGAGAACAACUUCUCCGAGUUCUAGAACCAUCUGGGAUCCUGUAUUCACUAGAUCUUCAGGGGAUUAUGGACCUAGAUAUCCAGCUACUCCAGUUCCAACCUUCUCUUCAUCCUGGGAUCCCAAACCAAACUAUUUUCCAACCCAACCAAACCAUUUCAGUUUUCUUCCUAAACCCGAGACUAAACCUGGAAAUAUAACACCAACCUAUUGUAGUGGAAGCCCCAGGGGAAGAACAACAUCUGCAAGAUCUAUUCCUAUUAUUCAGGGAACCCAGCCUAGAGGAGGGUUCGGAGAAGCAGCGAGCAGACUUAAAUCUGAAUUCUUAUCAGAACCCAGAUCUGGUUUAAACAAACCAGAUACGAUUAGAACAGUUCCAAUUGUUCAAGAGAAUAGAACAGACAGGAAGCAGGAAGACGGAGUAAAAGAAGGACAUCCACCUAGUUCAAUGAAAGAGGAGAAAAGGUCCCCUGAUAUUACAGGAAGAAGCAGUCAACCCUGUUCUACCAGCAAACAAGAAACAAGAUCUGGUAAAGGAAUAACUGGACUUAAGUCCUGCUUAAAGUCUGGAGCUUCUAGUUCCUCUGCACCUUCCUCCAGUACAACACUGUACACCAAUACCCAGGGUUCAACCAAAACAAUUGAAUCUUACAAACAAAAUGUUCUCUUCAAAUCUACAGGCGUGGAAAGUUCAGGAAAGGACAACGAUCAUGAUUAUGACUGGAUGGAAUUUAAGAAGAAUGAAGGUUCAAAUACUGGGAAUGAGAUGAAUGCACCUAAGAGUGCGGGUUCAGUAGUCCCCAUUCCCAACUCUAGGAUAUCCGAAGAAAGAUCUAGAUUGGGCAAAAACCAGCCCAAGGAGGAGAAGGUUGAGAAGGCGGAAGGAGAUAUGAGGAAGGAGAAAGGAGGGACUAACCCAUUCGAGUGUGAAGAUUGUAGAUAUAAGGAUGCUGGGAAUAAUAAUCAGUGUUCUGCCUGUGAUGCAGGAACACAGACGGAAAGAGUAAAAAAAUCUAAUUGUAGGGUUAUGUAACUCUGAUUUGAAUACACAUAAUUCAUUUCUUUAAUUCUUUUUACCUAAAGUUCGUUUGUAUUUGGUAAGGCCAUAAAAUAGUCCCUGUUCACUGUACAAUAAACCGAGGCAAUAAAAGAUUGAUAAGUAAUGAAUAUUAAAAAAUUUAGUUACAUGUAUGUCACCUCAUUGUUAUAACUUUGUAAAAUAUAUAAAGUAAAAUAUAUAGAUGUCGAUAUAUUUUCUCCCCAAGCUUAAUACCCUAGUGGGAUACCCAUUACUUUGAAGGAUGACAAGCUAAGAGGUAUUUCAGGAAAAAAUUGAAAAAAAUCCCUUUAACGAAAAUAAAACAAAACAAUUUUUAGAAAUAUUCAAAAGAUUCAUCUCCAUCGCCCAAAUACUGCCCAAAACAUUCUAAAAAUUGUUUCUUUUUUCUGGACUUUAAUUUCUAAAAUUAGUAAUGAAUCCCUGACAAAUUAAUAUUUGCUUGAUGAUGCAUUUGCCGCAAGCUCUAAAGGGGAACAGUGGAAAAAGGAUCCAGUCUAUAGUUAUUAAGAUUUCAAAAUGUUUCUGUACAGUAAAGUUAUAAUUGCAAAUAAAUAUGUGAAGGUGUUGAA